GAUGCCCGCAGCGCCAGGAGGGACACGCAAGAAAGAUGCCCCAGGACUCGUGGGAUGGAUUCUGAAGGUCAGCAGUGCACUUCCACACGCACCGACCAUGACGCUGGUCCCAGCGGGUGCCACGUCCACCAGGCCCCUGCAGUGGGUUUUUGUGUUCCUCCUGGUGUUCUCCACGCUAACAACGCUGUACAUAACCUUUCCUUCCAAGGCUGUGCUUGAGAAGGUGAACCCGAUGUAUUUCUACGAGUAUGAACCCGUUUACAAGCAGAACUUCCCGUUCACGCUGCGGGAGCGCUGGAAGUGCCAGGACGUCCGCCCGUUCCUGGUCAUCCUGGUGUCUUCCAGGCCCAGGGAGGUGAAGGCCAGGCAGGCCAUCAGGAUAACGUGGGGCUCUCGCAGCUCCUGGUGGGGCCACCGAGUGCUGACCCUGUUCUUGCUGGGGCAGGACACCCCUAGAGGAGACAGCGCCGUGGAGCUGUCGGUGCGGGACGAGAGCAUCCUGUACGGGGACAUCAUCCAGCAGGAUUUCAGGGACACCUACGGCAACCUCACCCUGAAGACCAUCAUGGGCUUCCGCUGGGUGGCCGAGUUCUGCCCCGGCACCAGGUUCCUCAUGAAGACCGACAGCGACGUUUUCAUCAACACCCCCAGGCUGGUGGAGUUCCUGCUGCGGCGCAAUUCCUCGGAGAACCUCUUCACUGGUUACCCCCUCAUCAACAACUUUGCCUACAGGGGCUUUGACAAAACCAGAUCCAUCUCCUACCGGGAAUAUCCCUUCAGGUCGUACCCUCCGUACUGCGGUGGGAUGGGCUAUGUCCUGGAUGGAAAACUGGCCCUGAGGAUUUACGAGCUGAUGGGCCACGUCAGGCCGGUGAAAUUCGAGGAUGUCUAUGUUGGAAUUUGCUUAAACAUCCUUAAAGUCCCCGUCAGUGUCCCCGAAGAUGCCGAGCAGUUCUUCCUGUAUAGAGUUAAUUUUGAUGCCUGUAAGUACAGACACCUGAUCGCAGUUCACGGCCUCACACCGAGUGAACUCAUCCAGUUCUGGCAGGAUUUGUCAUCCAGCAGCUCUGUGACUUGCCUUUGAUUCUGGAUUAACAAGGAAAACUUAAACCUGUUUGGUGUAAAAACAUUUAAAGGGCAGGGAAAUGCAAACCAAAAGCAGUUCUAGUGAUGCCUUUUGACAACGCUGCAGUGGCAGCAUCUCCCUGGAACAUCGCAGUGCUCUUAAAUAAAAACACCAGGAAUUCAUAAAGCACUUUUCCAUGUGCACUCAGGGUACUUUGGAAUGCUCAGGGUACUUUGGAAUGCUCUGUCCCAUCUGCCUCUGACACCUCCCCACGUGGUCAGCUCCAGGGAUUUCUGCCUGAAUCUUCUGGAAUGGAGGAAAAGUCACCAAGGAAUAAUGUUAUGCCAAGAAACCAGCUUUGAGGACGCUUCCCAAAUUCCUGCCUGGAUUGUUUUUGUUGCUUUAUGGCCACUCUCAAUUAUUUGUUCUCUCAAAACAACCUUCUUUGUGUGUCUCACCUCUGUGACCCUUCUGAGAGUGUCACCCCCGGGUAUUUAAAGGUAUCACCUCUGUCAUGCUUCCAAGAACACUCCAAGCCUGUGGGAUCUGCAGGAGCUGAUGGGAAAUUCUGGGAAAAAUGGGGCACUUUUUGUGUGUGUGUCUCUAUGGUUAUAAAAUAAAACUGCUUUGGGGUCUCGGACAGUGUUCCCAGACUCCUGGGGGGCA